AUGUCAACCAAUAUUGAUAUCCAAGAGUCAAGCAAAGAUACUAAAGGAAAAGCUGUUUUACUUGCAGCCCCUGCAAGGGCAGGAGGAUGGAAAAAGGGCAUAGCCAUAAUAGAUUUCAUUCUAAGGUUAGGUGCCGUUGCCGCCGCUCUUGGCGCCGCCGCCUCGAUGGGAAUGAGUGAUCAGACCCUCCCUUUCUUUACUCAGUUCUUUCAGUUUGAAGCUAGCUAUGAUAGCUUUACUGCCUUCCAGUUUUUUGUUAUUACAAUGGCAAUAGUAGCUGGCUAUUUGGUCUUGUCUUUACCAUUCUCUAUAGUAGGCAUCAUUCGCCCUCAUGCAACAGGACCAAGGCUUUUUCUCAUCAUCUUAGACACUGUGUUUCUUACUCUAGCUGCUGCUAGUGCUUCUGCAGCUGCUUCCAUAGUUUACUUGGCACACAAUGGAAAUCAAGAUACAAACUGGCUUGCUAUCUGUAAUCAAUUUGGAGAUUUCUGUGCACAGACAAGUGGAGCAGUUGUGUCAUCGUUUAUUGCUGUGGUUGUUUUGGUUCUGUUGGUUGUGAUGUCUGCUUUGGCUAUUGGGAAACAUUGA